AUGGAUACAUCAAAUGUUAAGGUUAGCAAACAUAUACCGGAUGACAUUGCUUUCUCUAUUCUCUCCAAACUUCCAAUCAAAUCUUUCAAGCGAUUUCAAUGCGUACGCAAAUCAUGGUCUCUCUUAUUUCAUAAUCCUUAUUUCAUGAAAAUGUACCGCAACAAUUUCUUAACAAACAACCGUUCUUAUUACAAUGAUACAUCUCUCCUCCUACAUCUGACAACACAUCAAGGAUACUUGGCUAAAUAUGUUUUGUAUUCUUUUUCCGGUGAGAAUUUCGAAAACCGGAUCAAAUUAAAUUGGCCAAAACCAUUUCCCAAUAAUAAUGAGGAUGUCCCACUACUAUUCCAAGUGGACGAGGAUGGCUCAGGUUUCGAUAUAAUGGGUUCGGUGGUGAGUAUUAAUGGCAUUCUUUGUCUACGUGGUUUUUAUGGCGGUAAAGUGAAACUUAUAUUAUGGAAUCCAACUACCAACGAAUUCAAAUUAGUUCCUUCUAGCCCUGAUAUAUUUGAACCUUAUCGGUGGUAUGUUAAGGCAUAUUAUCAGUUAGUUGGUUAUGAUCGUGUUAAAGAUGACUAUAAGGUGAUUCAGUUUACUACUUGUACACCACAUGACCUUCAUGAGUCAGCUGUUUCAUUCUCGGAGAUAUAUAGCCUAAGAACUAACUCUUGGAGGAAAAUUGGUAUCGAUAUGCCUCGAUCUUGUAUAAGGAACGAUAAAGUGUACAUGGAUGGAGUGUAUCAUUGGUGGGAUAAAAGUGAAACACACACGGAUUUGGUGUCAUUUGACUUUAGCAGUAAAUCUUCCUUUACAACACCUGUACCGUCUUACAUAGAUGAUAACUCGGAUAGAAAUAUUAAGGGUUGUAGACAUUUGGUGAUAUUGAAUGGAUAUAUUGCUUUGAUCUUAAAAUAUACAGAUACAUCUACAUUUCACAUUUCAAUUUUGGGUGAACUCGGCGUUAAGGAAUCAUGGACUAAACUCUUCGUUGUUGGGCCGUUACCUUGUCUUGAAUAUCCUGUCGGAGCAGGGAAGAAGGGAAAGAUACUGUUCAGAAGAAAAGACCACGAACUAGUCUGGUUUGAUAUAAAUACCGGGAUGAUUGAUGAGAUUGGUAUUACAACAUCAGAAAGAUGUAACAUAUUAUACCAUAAAGAAAGCAUUCUCGAAGAGAUAUAUGAUUAUAGCUAUUAG